AAGUCAUCAACAGCAAAUGGUAAUGUCACAUUUUUCCCUAUAAAUAGCUGAAAAUAGUCUGCACUAAGAAUAAUUAAGAAACCAUGGCUAAUAGCAAAGUUGGCAUCUUUACUCUCCUCCUAAUUUGUGGGUUGUUUUUCUUGGGAAGCAACGUGAACUAUGCUGAAGCCGAAACCAAAAUCUGCACAAAAGAGUGCCUAAAUGUUGGCUACAUGAUUUGCCCCUCUUCUGGCCCCCAGAAGCUUCAUCCAAGCUGCACAAACUGUUGCAGAGCACAGAAGGGUUGCAAACUUUACAGAUCUGAUGGAACCCUAAUUUGUACUGGAACCUAAAUGGAGAGAUAGACCUUGAAUGAUAAACUGUGGUAAAUGGUUGUGUAAUAAAAGAAAAAUAAAUUCAAGAAACUUCUAUCGUUGUUUCUUGAGAAAUGAAUAAAAGAUUCAGGUUCAAUUACAUCAA